UCUCCUUCGUGACCACCAUCUCAUAUUGGGGGAUCCGGGACGGUAAGGGACCCCUGCAGUCCCCUGAGCUGAGGCUAGUAGGGGCAGAGACUAUGAGGCAAGCAGCACAUCGACCCAGACCUCCUUAGGACCGCCCGGCCACCCAGCAAGCAAGUGAGCGGCGGCGGCAGAGCGAGAGGCUGGAGAUAAAGGGCCACAGUGGAUCACUGGGGAUCACCCACAGCAACUCCUGAGGACCCUAGCCAGGCUGAGGGGUCAUGAUGGACCUCCAGACUCACAGACACACACCACCACGGAUGCGCCAGGCUUCAUAACACUGACACACUGAGAUUGGACCAGCGACAGCAUCACACGCUGCCACGGCCCAGCAAUACAGACACCCCCUCCCAUCCCCACGCAGAAAUAACUGGUAACUCUGAAACUGACACAGACGGUGACACACACAAGUGGGGGCACCCAUCCUCAAACACCCAAGACAGCCCAGACCUGCAGGGACGGAUCUGGAGAGGACACUGCUGUUGGUGGCCUCUGCACAUUUUCCCCACCCCCACAGGGACACCCUCUCCUCUCCACAUACGCACACACAGAACCACCAGCAAACAUAGCUGCCAUACCCCCAGCUCCAGACCUGGCAAACCCGGCACCUUCUGCAGCUCCUUCAUGGGUGGGAAGAGCUUAGCCAACCUCCAAUGGAGCCUCGGUGAAGCCAAGUGUUCAUAGGGGAAAGGGUCUGGCCUGGCAUGACCCCCACCAGUCUCCCCACUCAGCUGGGUGAUGUUCUCUGGUCUGGAUUCUGGGGACCCUUGGUGGAACCAUGGAGCAACUGACAACCCUUACACUGCCUGGAGAUCCUGGAGCCAUGGAACCAUGGGCACUGCCUGCCUGGCAGAGCUGGACUCAGGUCCAAGGGUGCAAACCUGAAGAUGCAGGUCCAAGCAUUGCUGAUUCUCUGACAGCUCUGCAGGCUAGAGGACCGAAGUCUGAGGAGAGUUCUGAGCCUGAGGGAGCCCAGAGCCCUGGGCCUGUUGGGAAUACUGACCCGGAAGGAGCAGAGGCUGGGCUGCCCAGGCUGAGGCAGCAAGCAUUGAGCUCUGGGUGUAGCUGCCCCAGGCUAAAGGAUGAAGAGGCACAAACUUUUCAGGCCAAAUUGAACAUGGGCUUCAGGGAUAGGCCCAACCUGGAGCUGCUGAGGGCCCUGGGGGAGCUGCAGCAACGCUGUGCCAUCCUUAAGGAGGAAAACCAGAUGCUGAGAAAAAGCAGCUUUCCUGAGACCGAAGAGAAGGUACGAAGGCUGAAGCGGAAGAACGCAGAGCUGGCAGUCAUUGCCAAGCGCCUGGAGGAGAGGGCCCAGAAGCUGCAGGAAACUAACCUGAGGGUGGUGAGUGCUCCUGUGCCUGGAUCCGGGGCCAGUUUGGAGUUGUGCCGGAAGGCUUUAGCCCGCCAGAGAGCCCGGGACCUCAGUGAGACAGCCAGUGCACUGCUGGCCAAGGACAAACAGAUUGCUGCCUUGCAGCGGGAGUGCAGGGAGCUGCAGGCCAGGCUCACCCUGGUGGGCAAGGAAGGUCCCCAGUGGCUCCACGUGCGGGACUUCGAUCGGUUGCUGCGCGAGUCCCAGCGGGAGGUGCUGCGACUGCAGCGGCAGAUCGCCCUGCGCAACCAGCGGGAGCCGCCCCGGCAGCCCCGGCCCCCAGGUCCCACUGUCCCCUCCAGACCAGGGGCGCCGGCCCCAGGGGCCCCGGGAGAGGCCAUACCCCAGGAUGAUGUGGACAGCCUGCUGGUGUUCCUAGGGGAGCCAAAGAAGCAGCAGAGGGUACAGCAGCUGGAAUCUGAGCUCAGCAAGAAGAGAAAGAAAUGCGAGAGCCUGGAGCAGGAAGCCCGGAAAAAGCAGAGGCAAUGUGAGGAGCUGGAACUACAGCUGAGAGCAGCCCAGAAUGAGAAUGCCCGCCUUGUGGAGGAGAACUCCCGGCUCAGUGGGACAGCCACCGAGAAGGAGCAGGUGGAGUGGGAGAAUGCAGAGCUGAGGGGCCAGCUUCUGGGGGUGACACAAGAGAGGGACAAAGCCCUUCAAAAGAGCCAGGGCCUACAGAGCAAGCUGGAGAGCCUGGAGCAGGUGCUGAAGCACAUGCGGGAGGUGGCCCAGCGGAGGCAGCAGCUGGAGGUGGAGCAUGAGCAGGCUCGGCUCAGUCUGCAGGAGAAGCAGGAGGAGGUCCGGAGGCUGCAGCAGGCCCAGGCAGCAGCCAAGAGGGAACAUGAAGGGGCCAUGCAGCUACUGGAGUCUACCUUGGAUUCCAUGCAGGCCCGGGUUCGAGAGCUUGAGGGCCAGUGCCGCAGCCAAACCGAGCGCUUCAGCCUUCUGGCACAGGAGCUCCAGGCCUUCCGUCUGCACCCAGGACCCCUGGAUCUACUUACUUCUGCCCUGGGCUGUAGUGCCCUUGGGGACCAUCCACCACCCCAUUGCUGCUGUUCUACCCCUCAGCCCUGUCAGGCGUCCGGCCCCAAAGACACUGACCUCCCACCGGGCUCCCCAGGACACUGCACCCCAAAGUCUUCUGAGCUUGCACUUGCCACCCUUACUGGGGUUCCUCGAAGAACAGCCAAGAAAGCAGAGUCUCUCUCUAACUCCUCUCGCUCUGAGUCCAUCCACAACAGCCCCAAGUCAUGCCCGACACCAGAGGUGGACACAGCCAGUGAGGUGGAGGAAUUGGAGGUAGACAGCAUCUCCCUGCUCCCAGCAGCUCCUGAGGGCAACUCGGGAGGAGCCAGAAUCCAAGUCUUCCUAGCACGCUAUAGCUAUAACCCCUUUGAGGGUCCCAAUGAGAACCCAGAGGCGGAGCUUCCACUGACAGCUGGUGAAUACAUCUACAUCUAUGGUAACAUGGACGAGGACGGCUUUUUUGAAGGGGAGCUCAUGGAUGGCCGAAGGGGUCUGGUCCCCUCCAAUUUUGUAGAGCGCGUAUCUGAUGAUGACCUCCUGACCUCCCUCCCUCGGGAGCUGGCUGAUUUGUCACACAGCUCUGGGCCUGAACUCAGUUUCCUGAGCGGAGGUGGGGGUGGCAGCAGCUGUGGGGGCCAGAGCAGCGGAGGACAUAGCCAACCCAGACCAGAGGAGGAGGCUGCAGGGGAUGAACUCAGUCUGAGCCCCCCACCUGAGGGUCUGGGUGAGCCCCUGGCUGUGCCUUACCCCCGCCGUCUCGUGGUCCUCAAACAGCUAGCCCACAGUGUAGUGCUGGCCUGGGAGCUGCCACCUGAGAGAGUAGAUCUUCGUGGCUUCCAUAUCUUUGUCAACGGGGAGCUGCAUCAGGCACUGGGACCUGGGGCACCCCCAAAAGCUGUGCUUGAAAACUUGGACCUGCGGGCUGGGCCCUUCCAUGUUUCUGUCCAGGCCCUGACCAGCAGAGGCAGCUCUGACCCUCUGCGUUGUUGCCUGACUGUGGGUGCUGGCACUGGGGUUGUACCCAGCCAGCUACAGAUCCAUCGGUUGACAGCCACAUCUGCUGAGAUCACAUGGGUGCCCAGCAAUAGCAACUUGACCCAUGCCAUCUACCUCAAUGGGGAAGAGCGCCCACCUGCCCGUCCCAGCACCUACUGGGCCACCUUCUGCCACCUGCGGCCUGGCACGCUCUAUCAAGCUCGAGUAGAGGCUCAGAUCCCACUGCGAGGGACCUGGGAACCAGGCUGGGAGAGGCCAGAGCAGUGUGCCGCCACUCUGCAGUUCACCACACUCCCGGCAGGCCCACCUGAUGCCCCUCUAGAUGUACAGAUUGAACCAGGGCCCUCCGCUGGAAUCUUGAUGAUCAGUUGGCUCCCCGUCACCAUUGAUGCUGCCGGCACCUCCAAUGGUGUCCGGGUCACAGGCUAUGCCAUCUAUGCUGAUGGGCAGAAGAUGAUGGAGGUGGCUUCCCCCACAGCAGGCAGCGUGCUGGUAGAGAUAUCCCAGCUGCAGCUACUGCAGGCAUGCCGUGAGGUGACUGUGCGCACUAUGUCACCCCAUGGCGAGUCGGCUGACUCCAUCCCGGCCCCUGUUGCUCCAGCCCUGGCUCCUGUCUGCCAGCCAGCUGUGAUGUCCUGCCCCUCACCACGACCAAGCCUAGAGGUCAGAACACCCCUUGCUCCAGCCUCCCCAGGGCCUGGGGAUCCCAGCUCUCCUCUCCGACACCCUGCUCCUCAUGGAACUCAAGAGUCCCCAGCAAGUCUUUCUGUGGAGAUGUCCAAAGGACCCCAAGAGGAACCUCCAGUCCCUUGCUCUCAGGAAGAGGCCGGGGCAGCUAUGCUGGAUGCCUCAGAGGAGAGGAGGACCAGUGAGCCAACCCUGGGCCAGGGAGGCCUGGGCCUUGUGGCUUCCUCUCUGGCUAAGCAAGAAGUAGACUGGACUUCAGGAGACUCUGGACACAAACCUUGCUCCACUCAAGGAGCAUUGGCCCAGAGGGCACUGAGUACUGAGUCCUGCCAUGGAGGAGAUCUGGGCUCGGGGCUGGGACCUGGAGCUGAGAAAGAAGACACAUCAGAGCUUGGAGUCUGCCUGGUGAACUCCUUUGUAGAUCAUGGCCGCAACUCAGACUUAUCCGAUAUCCAGGAGGAGGAAGAAGAGGAAGAGGAGGAAGAGGACAUCGGCUCCAGGGCUCAUUCCUUCCAGAAGCAGGUUGCUGGCAACAGCAUCAGGGAGAAUGGAGUCAAGCCCCAGCCAGACCCCUUUUGUGAGACUGACAGCGACGAGGAGAUCUUGGAGCAGAUCCUGGAGCUGCCUCUCCAGCAGUUCUGCAGCAAGAAGCUCUUCAGCAUCCCUGAGGAGGAAGAAGAGGAGGACGAGGAGGAAGGGGAGGAGGAGAAACCAGGGCCCUGCUCUUCUUCCCAAGACCCUACCCGGCCUGAACUUGCAUUGCUAGGGUUGGGCUGUGAAAGCAGUCAGUCCCAGGGACCUGGUCUGUGUCCCUUGUCUCCUGAGCCCUCCAGGGCCAGGGACCACCUGGAGGACAUGCCCGGAGUAGUUGGUGGAAGCAGCCGGAGGAGAGGAGGUGGCUCCCCUGAGAAGCCCUCAAGCCGCAAGAGACCUCUGGAUCCCGGAGAACACUGCAGCCGGCUCCUUGGCAAUGGCGGGCCCCAGACCUCUGCUCGGCCAGGCCUCCCACGGGAGAAGGGUGUCCUCCCUGUGAUUGAGGGCACCAGGGGUGGACUGGAAGCUGGUGGGAGAGGGCGGCCGGGCCUUUCCCGGAGGUGCCCUCGAGGUCUGGCUCCAGAAGCCAGCCUGGUCAGCUGCCUCUCCCCAAAAUGUUUGGAGAUCAGCAUUGAGUAUGAUUCUGAGGAUGAGCAGGAGGUGGGCAGCGGGGGCAUCAGCCUCACCAGCUCCUGCUACCCCACAGAUGGGGAGGCCUGGGGCACAGCGCCUGUAGGAAGGCCCAGGGGACCUCUGAAGUUCAAUUCAGGCCCCAACCCCUACGUGCACCUCCCAGCCUGGGAGAAAGGGGAACCAGAGUGGAGAGGCCGCAGUGCACCUGGCAGAACCAAGGAGCCACCCUCCCGGGCAACAGAAACUGGGGAGCCCAGAGGGCGGGACAACUCUGGGUGGAGGGGACCCCAGAGGAGAGGGACCCGGGUGCCUAGGCCUGGUGCUACUGACAUGGCCUCUCCAAGGAGCCCUCCAGAAGCACCAACUCAUCAAGAUAUACCUGUGAGGGUCUUUGUGGCUCUGUUUGACUAUGAUCCCGUGUCAAUGUCACCCAACCCUGAUGCUGGAGAAGAGGAGCUUCCCUUCAGGGAGGGUCAGAUCCUGAAGGUGUUUGGGGACAAAGAUGCUGAUGGCUUCUACUGGGGUGAAGGUGGGGGCCGCACAGGCUACAUCCCCUGCAACAUGGUAGCUGAGGUGGCUGUGGACAGUUCAGCGAGGAGACAGCAGCUGCUGCAACGGGGUUUCCUGUCUCCAGAUGUUCUCACUGAGGGCUCAGGAAAUGGUCCCUUUGUGUAUCCCACAGCCCGCACAACUGGGCCUCCCCCAAAGCCCCGCCGCGCCAAGAAAGCAGAGUUGGAAGGCCCAAUCCAGCCCUGUCUAGGCCCUCCCAAACUCAUCCCCUCUGCUGGCCUGAAGGCCUCCCGGCUUAUGGUGGCUGCAUUUGACUACAACCCCCGGGAAAACUCCCCCAAUAUGGAUGUGGAGGCAGAGCUGCCCUUCAAGGCAGGGGAUGUCAUUACUGUGUUUGGGAAUAUGGACGAUGAUGGUUUCUACUAUGGGGAACUGAAUGGACAAAGGGGUCUGGUUCCAUCGAACUUUCUGGAGGGCCCUGGGCCUGAGGCUGGUGGCCUGGAGCCUGGGACACCCCAGGCUGAGAGUCAGGACUGGGGCAGUAUCAUACAAGGGCCUCCAGGGCCCCCAGGCUGGCACUAUGCCUCUAACCUUGGAAACCCUCCCACGACCAAACUGGGGGAGACACAGGGCACAGCUGAGAAGGUUCGAGGUCUCCUCUCCAAGGGAAAGGAACUCCUCAGAAAGCUGGGCUCCAGAAAGGAGUGAAGCUGUCACCCAUCCUUCAGGCAGAAGUAGCCCCUGGAGGCUCCAGGUCAACUGGAUGGCUGGGCAGGGAAGUCCGACUGAUCCGGAACUCCUGUUCUCUGAACAAACUCUGGCACUCAGAGGGAUCCAAGGGACCUGGUGAGGGCGAGGCUACAUGAGUGCUUAGGGAAGAGUCCUCUAGAUGGGCCCAUUCCUCUUCCAGAAGGGAACUGAGCCCCAAAGUAAGCAACCAAGUACCAAGCACUGGCAGACCAGAACUGGACCCAUGCCCCUCAACUCCCAGUCUGCCUACUUUAUCUAUUCCUAGUUUCCUACCAUGUGCUCUACUGAUCCUUCCUUACUAUCAGGACAGGAGACAUGGGCUGCUCUUCUGAUGGCUCUGGCUGACCUGCUCAUGUCUUCCCUCCCCGGAGGAACGUUUGCACUGGAGUGUCCCCAGGGACAACGGCAGAGCCCUGUAUAUAUGUACAUAUUCAGUGCCUCAGUCCAGCUCCUCCAUCUCACUUCACCGCACAGGCCUGGGGAGGAGAAAGGCCAUGCCAAAGCUGGCCUGACCCCACCCCACAGUGCUCCAUCCCUCCCUGCCUGGGCCACCUGGCCUCUGUGUCAUCCCAUCCCCCAAACCCGGGGGAGGAGGGCAGGGGGCAGAAAGCAGGAGUUGGGUUUGCCUUAUUUUGCUCAUUGGAUUCAACUUCUCUUUUGCAUCACUUUCUUUGGGCCCCUGUGGGGGUCCAGGGAAUGAGGGAAAAGGACAGAUUUAUGCAGCUAUUUUCAUACAUUUCCCUGUUCAGAGUGCGUAGGGGGUUCUCCACCCGCACCCUAACCAUUCUGCCCCUCUGGCUGGGUGAGUCUUUGCAUGUUUCCUUUGCUGUGGUGGGAGAUUGUUUGACUGUAUCCCCACCUCUACCUUGGUUUCCAAGGGUGUGGAAUGGUGGGGGCAUUUGUUUAAAAAGACAUUUUAUUAUAAUAAAGUCUAU